GCCCUGGUCAGCCAGCUGUUCGUCGUGGUCGUGCAACAACAAAUUUAGCAGCGAGCUGGUUAAUCUAUUUUCGUUUUCGGAAAACGUAGAAAGCGAGUCAAAGUCGUAGGCCCUGCGCUGGGAAAUUCGAAAACUGUCCGAAAACACUGGAAAAAGAAAAAAACUGCACGUAGGGCGUCAAAAAACAACUUAACCUGGAAGAAAAGUGAUUGCGAAAUACGCUGCAAGAGGCCACCCACGCGUUUGCGUCAACAAAAGGAAGCCAGACGUCAUAAUCGUAUCCACUGGGAAGCGCGGCCGACUUCAACAUUUUAUGACGGAAGCAUCAGCCGUCAACUGAACACAUUUAAGAAAACACCCAAUCCCCGCCAGGAACAUCCUGCAACAUGUUUUGACCUCCCACUCGGCACAGCUGGAGCGGCCGCUGCUCUUCUCUGUUCCCCCUGGUCACCUCGUCAUCCGUUUCAGCGCAUCAGCCCUCUGUAACAAGCACAAAUCACACAUAAACCAUGUCCUUCUCCGACUUCGACGCCAUCUACGAAGACGAACAGCUGGACGAGCUGGAGCACUUCCAGGACCAGACGGUGGCGCCCGUCCAGGAGCCCAUUAUCAUUCGUGGCGCGGGCAACAUGACUGUGUUUGGCCUGAGCAAUCGCUUUAACGUGGAGUUCCCCUGCGGUCUGCUGUCCCGAGUCGCCCCCGAGGAGUUCAAGGCGACGGUGGGCCGAAUCAACGGAGUGCUGAAGAAAUCCCUGCCUGUUAACGUCAAGUGGCUUUUCUGCGGAUGCGUAUGCUGUUGCUGCACGCUCGGCUGUUCCCUUUGGCCCGUCAUCUGUCUCAGCAAACGCACACAACUCACUCUAGAUAAGCUCUUCGAGUGGGAAAAUAAUCAUCUAUAUCAUAAGCUGGGCCUGCACUGGCGACUGCAUAAGCAACAAUGUGAUUCCAAUUCCAUGAUGGAGUAUGUUAUUUUAAUUGAAUUUAUACCCAAAACGCCCAUCUACCGGCCUGACUAAAUUCCGGUUAGGAAAAGGGGCGUGGGCACGGUAUCGCGGGGUCGUAAUGGUAAUUGUAAAAUAAACACUAGCUGCUAACACUUUGCUUUAGGCGUUUACGGAUCGUGCUAAUUCGCGGAGAGUAGGAGGAGUACACUAAUCCAUAGGACAGGCAGGCACAGCACAUAAUGGGCAUUACCUAAUUUAGUGCACUCGCAGUUUGUCGUUUUAAGCUAGAACUAUUUAAUUUUUUGCAAAAAUCCUAGCCAGUAAGAUUGAUUUCUCGUAACUUUAGGGCGCUCUACUUUCCCUGAUUUGAUUUUGUUGUAAAUUCUAAUUUGUUUUUCAAACUAAUGCAAUAUUAUUAAAUACAUUUCUUGAUAGGAAAUUAAAAUUGAUUUUGUUUAAAAGUUCAGAUCCCACUUGCAAUCCCAUUUCAAAUUGAAAUCUCUUCUUUUAUUGUACAAGGUACAUAUAUAUUUUGAUAUAUAUCAUAUGAUUACCUAAGUAUUUUGUGGUUUCAAUAACUUUACAGCACUUUGGGGCAUAGACGGUCGAUGAACAAUAAAUACAUUUUAAUUUACUUUAGGUUUCAUUUAUGUAAUAAUGCUUAAAUAUAAUCAAGUCUUUUAACAAUGCGCGGGUCCGGCUUUAGGAAUAUAUAUAGUAUAUAUAGCUUAAGGAAUGCGAUUGGAAUGAAUCGGUAUUAACAA